CCUGGGUGAGUAUGAGCACGGAGUGGGAUAUCCUCGCCCACCACUCACUUCAUUAUUCUAGAAUAGAUGUUGCCGAAUUCCUUCAGGCCGAACAAGCGGGCGCCAUGAGCAGAGUCAUUGAAGACAUAGCUCUGUCGGUGACCCGCUACGUUAGCUCGACGUUUCUGUAAGCCCCUAGACGGCAGCGCGGCUCACCGUAGUAGCGUAGAUGGGCACGGCUCGUGCAUUGGUGGUUGGGUCCGGCUCCUGCCUGUUUCAGUGUCAUUCUUUGCGAUGUUCUUCUGGUGUCGUUCGGAGAGCAGAAAAGAAGGAGGAUCACCACAUACCCUGCAUGGAGCUGGAGCGUCUCAAACCUGCGCGGGAGAUCAGACAUGGCGAGAGGUUGUGUCGAUGGGGACGUGACGGGUAUCAAAUGGGGUAUCACAAGGAAAGAAAGGCAGCAACGAGCCUACCAGGUAGGUAUGUUCAAUGGCUGGGAACUUGGCAACAAAGAGUGGGUGGGAAGCUGGACGAAGACGGCCGAGGGGCGUCUCCUUUUCUACCCUUCCCUGCUCAUCACUUCCCUCUACCGCCGACGCCUCCAUUAGCCUGCCGUUAUUUUAUUACCGUGGCUUCUUGGUCGCAAUGCCUUAGCCAGGCUGCCAUCCGCAAUGAUUUGCUACUACCGAACUAUCCUGCUCGGCCAGGGUGACCUACACCCACUCGUGUGUGAUGUUUGGAAAGAAGUGUGGGGUGAGGUUCAGAGCACGCAAUUGCGCCAUCGAUGACGGCGCCGGUCGGCCCACUUACUGUACACUACUACUAGUAGGUGUACGCAUGCUGAACCUGGGCUAGGAGCUCGGGAGGGCAGUGCUUGCUUCUUGUAUUGCUGAGCGGCAACACAUCUCAU